GCCGAGAAGCCGGAAGAGUUAAGACGUGUUUGUUUAUUUUGCCAAACCAGAAGAUAUCGUGAAUCGGAAAUUUAAAUUAAUGUGAUUUUAAUUCAAAACACAAAACAGGUGAUAUGCUGAAAUUGCAUUAAACCAUAAAAAGUAUUAAUUCAAGGAUUUGAAGUGUAAUAAAACUAAAGAAAUUUGAUAUAAAAAUUUGAAACAAAAGUUGAGCGUUCACAAUCGUUUUGACCAGGGCUGGGACCUGGCUGGUUCAACAACAUCAACAGCAUACAUUAUUUAGUUUUAUUAAAUAUAAAAUAUUCGCCAUGCCGAUGAAAGAACUUUUUCAUCGUCUUCAACCUAUACAAGUUUAUGUUGUGCUUGUUUUGAGCAUACUUUACUUCAUGGUACAAAUGUUCAUCAGUCAAAAAUCGCAAUCAAUUACGCUUCUCGUUCAUGCCUAUCACAUGCUCUGCAACAUAAUUGCUUUGAGUGGCUGCAUCAUAACAUUAAAGAGCACCGACAAGGCUACAAAGCGUUUGUCACAUUCAUCAAGCGAGUCUUCAGCUGAUUUCGAAAAUCAACAGCAACAGCAGAAAGAAAUAAUUGAGACAAAGAAACAACAACAUGAGAAAAGUUUGAAGAAUACUUUUGGGUGGGCACGUGUUGAUGUUUUAACUAUGGUGAUCGUUUGUACAUUUCUCACAUCACUUUGCUUCUCAAUUGUUGUUGAAGUGAUUCAAACGCUUUUUCACAUUGAACACAAAGAUCAUAUUGAACACGAGGAUAAAUUUCAUAGCUACAGUUACGAGAUUUGCGUUGUUGUUGGUGCGAUUGGACUUGUUUUAAAUGGCAUCAGUUACCUGCUAAUUGGCGGCUACACAUAUCAUCAAGGAAGCUUUCUUCAAUUAUCUGAAGAUGGAAAUGUUUUCAUCUUGGAUCGUGUCGUUACUGAUGGACGGAAAAUUUCUGAUUCAAAAGCAAAAAUUGAACAGAAAUCACAAAAGGUUCACGAGUUGUCACGAGAUGUUUGUAGUGCUGUUAUUGUUAUCAUUUGUUCAGUGAUAAUUGUGUUUUGUAAAGAGAAAGAAUCAAUAUUUGCUCGAUUGGUUGAUCCAAUUUUGUCGCUCGUGUCGAUUGGAGUUCUUCUUGUAUUGUCGUAUCCUUACAUGAAAGAAGCUGCUUCCAUUCUUCUUCAAACAAUUCCCGAUACAAUUGACAUUGAAGACUUUCAAAAGAAUAUUUUGGAGAAGUUUCCAGAGAUUCAAUCAAUUCACGAUCUUCACAUUUGGCAAUUAACGCAACAGAAAUUUGUCUCGACAGCUCAUUUUAUCUUUCAAGAUCCUUCAGUUUAUAGACAUAUUAUUGACAAUAUUCUCACGUUUUUCCAUGAGCAAGGAAUUAACAUUGUGACAAUUCAACCUGAAUUUGUGUCUCUUGACGGCGAAGUUUCGACAAAUGUCGAUGAGAUUAAACCAUUAGUAGAUGGAAAUGCAAAAGAUUUUUGUCUUGUUGCAUGUCGUCAAACUACAUGUGAAGAGAAAGUUUGUUGUAAGCGUCAAAGUUCAGAUGAUUCAGGUAAAUCAAGUGAUCCGAAAUCAAAAAGCGAUGUUCAACUCGAACAGAUUAUAUCGGUGAGAAAUAUUAGCGCAGAAGAAUUAAAUACAUUGAGUAACAGCAGUUCUGUGAAGUCAUUAAACUUACCAGAGUCAGGAAAUUCUUCUCAAGUCGAAAUUAAUGAUAAAAGAUCUUUCGCUUCACUUUAUACCCCUUCAAAGACACGUCAUGCUCAUAAACUCCAAAAAGCUAUCUCAGCCAUUGACCAAGAACAUCAACAGAUCCCCACCACAAGUGAAAGUGACGGGAUUCAUCUCGUCAGUUUCAAGAAAUUCGUCAGCGAGUCUAUGAUUAAAAGUAGCGAGCAAGACAAUCUCAAUAGUGACAUCCUCGUAGAAAAUCGUUUGCUAGAACAGUUGAACACAACUGACAACAAUGAGACUGAGGAUUUGCACGAGAAAUGUGAUAAAGAAACCUGAAGUGUCCGCAGUUAAACUCAACUCAUUGGUCACUUCCUUUUCUCAAGCUGCCAUAGGAAAAUUUAUGAAAAUACUUUUGCAUUUUAUUUUGCAUCAAAUUUUAAUAUUUUUUAAACUUAUUGAGAGUUAUCAUUGUAGAAAUAAAGUUUUAAGUUUAUUAAAAUAUGUUGACAUGAUUCAGAA